AUGUCGCUGCUGAAAUGGCCAUGGCUCAACACCCAGCCCACCCCUGCCGCGCCCAGGCCGAUACCACCGCCUCCAGAGACCCGGCCGGCGACACCACCACCCGAUAACCCGGGGCUUGCCACUGCACGAUGGGACCACAAGCGCUUUGGGAUGGAGAAUUUUGGCAAUACUUGCUAUGCCAACUCCGUAUUACAGGCACUCUAUUUUUGUGAUCCAUUCCGGCAGCUCGUCUGCGAUGCACCUGACCGCUCGUAUCCCAGCACUCCAGAGGCGAUUGCUGCUGCACAGGCCGCUGUCGCACAGCUUCAACCGCCAGCAACUCCCAAGCCCAAACCUGCUCACGUCAGACGCCCUUCGGCAGCCGACAUGACCACUCCUGCCCACGCCGGAUUCGCUGUUGGCCCCGGCGGUCUUGUCGCCAGCGCCUUCAUGGCUCCCCCAGCCGCCGUCCCUCAUAAGACAACUAGCGCCCCCACCCCGGCGCCAAUAGUCAAUGUUGGCCCGGUCAUCCCACCAUUGCCGCCCUCGCUCUUCUCAGCUCUUCGUUCCCUCUUCAUUCACAUCGCUGCCAAUCCUGCCGACAAGGGCACCGUAUCCCCACGUGCUUUUGUAGAAAAACUCAAAAAGGAGAAUGAGCUCUUUAGGAGUAAUAUGCAUCAGGAUGCACAUGAAUUUCUUAAUUAUCUACUUAAUUCCGUUGUAGAGGAUCUCACUCACGAAAUGAAGGCUGGCCCUCCCGAAGACCUAUCCGGAUCCGUUGCCUCGACGUCAUCCACCUCCAACUGUUCUCCUCACUUGACGCUUGUACACGAUCUGUUUGAAGGAACGCUCACAAGCGAGACGCGCUGCCUCACAUGCGAAACGGUCUCGUCUCGUGAUGAAUCAUUUUUGGAUCUUUCCAUUGAUAUUGAGCGCAACUCGAGCGUCACGGCUUGCCUGAGGCAGUUUAGCGCGAGUGAAAUGUUGUGCCGUGGAGACAAGUUCUUUUGCGAUUCGUGUUGUGGAUUACAGGAAGCAGAGAAGCGGAUGAAAAUCAAAAAGUUACCCAACGUCCUGGCAUUGCAUCUCAAGAGGUUCAAAUAUCAGGAGGAUGUCCAGCGCUAUAUCAAGUUGUCUUAUCGGGUCGCAUUUCCCUUUGAAUUACGAUUGUUUAAUACUGUAGAUGAUGCGGAAGACCCAGAUAGGCUGUACGAGCUCUUCGCGAUCAUCGUACACGUUGGAAGCGGCCCACACCACGGACAUUACAUCACCCUUGCCAAGCAGCGCGGUCAAUGGUUUGCAUUCGACGACGAUGUAGUGGAGCCUGUACAAGAAAGCGCCAUCCCAAAGUAUUUCGGAGAUUCGCCUGCCGGAUCAGGAUAUGUGCUAUUCUACCAGGCGGUGAACACGGAUUUACAAGCACUCGGGGUUAAGAAGUCUCAAGUGCCGAGUGUGCCCUCAGAGCCGAUUAUACCCCCUGUCGUAGUCGAAGCACCGACAUCGCCUGUAUCGGCCGUCCCGGUUCAGGCGCUAGAGGAAGUAGUGGCCAAGGUAUCCCCUGAUGUGAGCGAGUCCGGGACGAUCGCAACGCCCUCACCCUCGACACCCACACUUUCGCAUCCUUCGAGUUCGCCUGCGAUGUCCAAACCCGACGGAUUACCACCUAGUACAGCGCCCUCAAGUACAGUUGGAAGUGGGUUCGGGCGCCAGUCGACCAAGCCUUCGACCGGCAGCUCCGGCUCGGUGCAGCUUUUCGACCCGGUUUCGAGUGUUAAUGGAAAUACGUCUAUAAAUGGGCAUGUGCAACAUGAGAGCGUACAAAAGGUAGCGGAGCCGGCCACCAAGACCGGGUGGAGCAAAGGGAAGAGCACGAGUUGGUUCGGAUGGCCAGGAAAGAAAAAAGACAAGGAGAAGGGUACGCCGGCUUCGUCACGCAAGGCUACCCUUGAGGAUACAAGCCACCUUCCAAUCAUCGACAUUAGGCGACCCAGUGCCCCCGCGUUGAUGGAGUCCUUGUCAGGCCAGGUGCCCACCGUAAACGGUACGGGCGUCCUCCACGACGAACCCGAUGAGACGCCCGGACUUGGCGUCGACUUUGGACGAACGGCCGAGCCGCCGCUCACAGGCUCCAUAUCGGCCAGCUCGUCAGGCGACCAUUUGCUCCAUUCAGUUCCGGACCAUCGACACCUAAGGACAUCUCCACCUCGUGUGUCGCGCUCAGGCUCAGUAUCUGCCACAACCAGCGGGUCGACUGGGUCAGGAUUACACGUGCCGAGUUAUAGUCCGUUACGGCCGAGCCCUAGUCCGUCAAGCUCAGCCUCGUCUGUUUCUACGCCGCUAAGGCAUAAUGCUUCGGCACCUAAGCUUGGCGUCCCACAGAGCAUCACGCCGUUCCCAUUGACCAUGUCCCCCGUGAAAGAACGCAAGCGUCCGUCUACAGCUUCAUCAAUUCCUCCAGGAGAACCGCCACUUACGAUCGUCCCACCAGUCCCAGCCCUUUCUCCGCCCCCGGUCGUAACCUCACCUAUUCGAUCACAUACCAUUGGGCCCGUAGACACACUCCAAACAACCAAAGUCAAAACACCCAAACGAAAGAUGUCCUUUUCGAACGCAUUCAACUCGUUCGCGCGACGUGACAAAUCCCUCGGUAAAUUGGGUACUCAUGACCGGCGGGCGAGCGUUAUCGAAGGCGCAGAAGGACUGUCUCCAUUGGUUGUACCUGCCACACCAACUAAACGAAAAUAA